AUGGCAGAUUACACAUCCCAGUCCAUUCUCGUUGUCGGUGCCGGCACCUUCGGGAUCUCAACAGCCUACCACCUCUCUCUCAGAGGAUACAAGAAGGUGACUUUGAUCGACCGUUUCUCUCCACCAUCUACCGAUGCUGCCGGGACCGACAUCAACAAGACCAUUCGCUUCGACUAUGACAAACCACAAUAUGCGCAUCUCGCUGAAGAAGCUAUGGAGUUCUGGACAUCAAACUCUGGCCCGCUCGCCGGUCUUUUCCACCGUAUAGGAUGGAUCAUGGCGGCGAGUGAUCAUGCAAAGGCGUUUAUCGACGCCACAUAUCAGAAUAGAAAGAAUGGGAAAGGUGCGGUAGAAUACAUCUCCCCUGAAGAGAUUCAGGCGAGGUUUCCAGAAUUCAAGGGGAACUUGAAAAACUGGAAGAGCUUAUGGGGCUCUGAAGCUGGAUGGGCGCCAUCUGACCAGGCGCUCGUCAGACUCGCAGCAGCCGCUAGCAUAAACGGAGUCAAUUUCACCUUCGGCAAGAACGGACACGCCGUCAGACUACUCAACGAUACGAAGGGGAACUGCGACGGUGUUGUUAGCCAGUCCGGCGCCGUCCAUACAGCAGACAAGAUCAUCCUGGCCUGUGGUCCACAGACAGAGAACCUGAUCGACACCAAGUCCGAAAUUUCAGCAAAGGCCAUGUGUGUCGCCAUGAUUCAGCUAACCGAGAUUGAGAGGGAGAAGUACGGGAACUUGCCCAUGGUUGAUCAUUUUGAGAUGGGUAAGUCGCCGACCUGCUCCUCCUCAGGACACAAAUUCCCUCCAAUUUCCACGUCUCUGUGUCUACAAUGGUUAUCCGGCGCGGCUCACCGAAACAUCUCUCACUCACCUCCUUCUCGCCACGCUGAUCCAAUAUUUCAUGGGAUGCUUUUUCCGCCCGACCAACACGGCCUGCUCAAGGUCUGUAGCUGUCGCUACGUGACCAACCGUCAUCACUCCCCUAUCCAACAAGUGUCGAUCGGUCGCUCGCACGGCGAAUUCCCUGAUGACCGUGUCCCGACCCAGAUCCAGACCGAGCUGAGAGCGUGGAUCAGAGAGCUCUUGCCCGAGCUGGCGGAUCGACCGUUCUGUCAGACGAGGAUGUGCUGGGAUGCGGCGACAAAGGACUCCAAUUUCAGGCUGACACCACAUCCCGCUCAUCCAAAUCUGUUCAUCGCGACGGGCGGCUCUCUCCAUGGGUUCAAAUUUUUGCCAAAUAUUGGUAAAUAUAUCGUCGAUAUGGUGGAGGGGAGGUUGGACCCGGAACUACAGAGUCUGUGGGCUUGGAGGUUUGGUAGCGACCCUCCCGCCUCGACUGUUGAGAGACAUCCAUUCCCCGAAAGGGAUCUGGGGGAGUUGGACGGCUGGAAUGGGGGCAAACCAGACAGAGCUCUGCUGUAG